GCAGGGGUUCGCAUGGGAAGGGAGAGCGCUUCCGCGGCACUCACGUGCGUUUCGGCUACGCCCGUUGCGUCCUUGACCUUGCCGAAGACUGUUUCCAUCUGGUACAUGUUCCAGCGCCGCCGCAGCUCCUGGUCCUUGGCGCGCAGGUGGUCCUGGAUUGUGUCGUCGGACUGCAGUACGUGGGGACGCAGUACAACUCCCCGCAGCCUCCUUCCUCCCGCAGAACCCGUUUCCGGCCUGAGUCCCAGCAGGAUGUUGGUGCUGCUGCUUCUGCUGCCCCUCUGCUGGGCAGUGGAAGUCAAGAGGCCCCGCGGAGUCUCCCUUACCAACCAUCACUUCUACGAUGAGUCCAAGCCUUUCACCUGCCUGGACGGCUCGGCCACCAUUCCUUUCGAUCAGGUCAACGAUGACUACUGCGACUGCAAGGAUGGCUCCGACGAGCCUGGCACAGCUGCCUGUCCCAACGGCAGCUUCCACUGCACCAACACUGGCUACAAGCCUCUGUACAUCCCCUCGAACCGGGUCAAUGAUGCGAUUUGUGACUGCUGUGACGGGACAGAUGAGUACAACAGUGGCAUCGUCUGUGAGAAUACCUGCAAAGAGAAGGGCCGCAAGGAGAGAGAGUCCCUACAGCAGAUGGCAGAGGUCACCCGUGAAGGGUUCCGCCUGAAGAAGAUCCUUAUUGAGGACUGGAAGAAGGCCCGGGAGGAGAAGCAGAAAAAGCUCAUUGAGCUACAGGCUGGAAAGAAGUCCCUGGAAGACCAGGUGGAGAUGCUUCGGGCAGUAAAGGAGGAGGCCGAGAAGCCAGAGAAGGAGGCCAAAGAAGAGCACCGGAAGCGGUGGGAAGAGCAGCAGGCCGCGUCCAGGGCCCGGCAGGAGCAGGAGCUGGCAGCCAACACCUUCCAGGAGCUGGAUGACAACAUGGACGGGGUGGUCUCCGUGGCUGAGCUGCAGACCCAUCCAGAGCUGGACACGGAUGGGGAUGGAGUGCUGUCUGAAGGGGAGGCCCAGGCCCUCCUGGGUGGGGACGCACACACGGACGCCACCUCCUUCUUUGACCGUGUCUGGGCCGCCAUCAGAGACAAGUAUCAGUCCGAGGUGCUGCCCCCAGACCUGCUGGAACCUUCAUCCCCGGACCUGACGCAGCCCAAGGAGGAGCAGCCACCAGUGCCCUUGCGGCCCACGGAGGAGGAAGAGGAGGAGGAGGAGGAGACGGAGGAGGAGGAGGAGGAGGAAGAGGAGGAGGAGGAGGUGCAGGGGGAGCAGCCCAAGGAGGCCCCAGCCCCACUCGAGUCCCCUCCACCAGCCAGCCCCACAGAGGAGGACAAGAUGCCACCCUAUGACGAGCAGACUCAGGCCUUCAUCGACGCUGCCCAGGAGGCCCGCAACAAGUUCGAGGAGGCUGAGCGGUCCUUGAAGGACAUGGAGGAGUCCAUCAGAAACCUGGAGCAGGAGAUUUCGUUUGACUUUGGCCCCCAUGGGGAGUUCGCAUAUCUUUACAGCCAGUGCUACGAGCUGACCACCAACGAGUACAUCUACCGGCUCUGCCCCUUCAAACUCGUCUCGCAGAAACCCAAACUCGGUGGCUCCCCCACCAACCUUGGCACCUGGGGCUCCUGGGCCGGUCCGGACCACGACAAGUUCAGCGCCAUGAAGUACGAACAGGGCACCGGCUGCUGGCAGGGCCCCAACCGCUCCACCACUGUGCGCCUCCUGUGCGGGAGGGAGACUGUGGUGACCAGCACCACGGAGCCCAGUCGCUGCGAGUACCUCAUGGAGCUGAUGACACCCGCAGCCUGCCCGGAGCCGCCGCCCGAGCUCCCCGCCGAGGAUGACCACGACGAGCUCUAGCGGGGGCGAGAACCCAGAACCUCGAGCCGCGGAGCCAGCCCCGGCAGUGCCGCCCACCUGCCCUCCACUCUGUGGACCAAGGCCUGCCCCGGGGUUCCUCAUCCUCCCAAGGGGUAGGAGCCCGAUGGGCUCUGGCCCUGCUCCAGGGGCCCAGGUGGGGCGGAGCCAUACUGCCCGCCCAAGUGGCCUCCAGAGAUGGGAUAAAGGAACCAACCCUCCUUCGGUCCCCCACCCUGGCGGUGUGCCCCUCUGUCCCAUCCUAUCCCACCCCUUCCUCCCCUCCUGGUGGGGACGAGUGAAUGACUUGACCUGUGACCUUGAAACAAUAAAUGUGACUCCUCUCCAAGCUCGGUUACGUCUGCCUUGCUGUACCAGGUGGGAAUGGUGUGGGCCACGCAGGGUGAGUGAAAGGGACGCAGCCUCUGUAGAUCGCACUGGCCUCCCUCACCAGGGGACAGUGCAGCCCAGGUGAUCAGGAAGAUGGCCUACAGGUAGCUCAGUCCAGCACCAGGGGAGGGCAGACCCUGGGCCACUGCGGUCUGAGCUUCCAUCUGUGCCAGUCACCCUCUUUAAUCUCAUCUGUGCCGUGGGGAGGCCAAGGUUCCCUCCCGGGCCGAGCGGGACAGCCACCUGCACUCCACCACCCAGCACCACAGACGGCAGCAGAACCCCACCAUCCCGGUACGCCAGUGCACAGAUCACCUGAGACCUUAAGAUUCUGAACUUUUAUUUUCUGGCAUGAAAAGUACAAAUAAUUAAACAAUUCCAUGUAAAAGUCUGUUACCGCGGCCAGGCCUGGAAUCCCGGUAAUAAAU